UUGCUAUGCUAUGCUAUGCUAAGUAACUUAUGAAGGAAUUGUUGCAGAUCUGGCUUUGUAGUUUCACUCGUUACCUUUGGAAACAAAGGUCCAUUUAAAUCGAGCUUAUCUGGGUUUUUCUUUUUCUUUUUUCUUUACUGAAACCAAAGCAACGCCAAGGAAAAUUGUUGGAUAAAUUUAUAGAAUUGAAUUGGUUAGGGUUUUGUAGAAUGGAGGGGAAUUCAGGUGGUGGAGGGAAUAAUAACAGUACCGGAGGAACAGGAACAGGAAUGGGAGUGGGAACAGGUGGUGGUGGAGAUGUGGAGCUGAUGUGCAAAACACUGCAAGUUGAACACAAGCUGUUCUAUUUUGAUCUAAAGGAGAAUCCACGUGGGCGUUACUUGAAGAUAUCAGAGAAGACAUCUGCCACUAGGUCUACUAUCAUUGUUCCCUUCUCUGGGAUUUCUUGGUUCUUGGAUCUCUUCAAUUAUUAUGUCAAUUCUGAUGAUCACGACCUCUUUAGCAAAGAGUUGCAGCUCGAUUCCAAGGCAAACCCAUCAUCCCCUCUUUCAUUUCUCUUUUUCUAUAUAUAUAUUCUUAGAUAUUCAUUCUCCUUUUUCUUUUUUAUCUCUCUACUUAUAUUGCAGGUCUUCUACUUUGACAUUGGUGAGAACAGGAGAGGCCGCUUUUUAAAGGUAUCUGAAGCUUCUGUUAGUAGAAACCGCAGUACUAUUAUAGUUCCUGCUGGAAGCACCCGGGAUGAAGGUUGGGCAGCAUUCAGGAACAUUUUGGCAGAGAUUAAUGAAACUUCAAGGCUUUUUAUACUGCCCAAUCAGCAAAAUUCUGAACCUUCAGAGCGCCUUGUUGGCCUUUCAGAUGAUGUAGGGGCUGGCUUCAUUUCUGGGCACAGUAAUCAACCUGCUCCAGCAUCUGAAUUAAAUGUAGAUAGGUCAGUUGAACUGCCAGCACAGGAAGAUAUUGGUAACAUGGGGGUUUCAAAAGUAAUAAGAGCUGAUCAGAAAAGAUUCUUCUUUGAUCUUGGCAGCAACAACAGAGGUCAUUUCCUAAGAAUUUCCGAGGUUGCUGGUUCUGACAGGUCUUCCAUAAUUCUCCCACUGUCUGGGCUGAAGCAGUUUCAUGAAAUAGUGGGUCAUUUUGUGGAGAUUACAAAAGAUAGAAUCGAAGGAAUGACAGGGGCAAAUGUUCGGACUGUGGAUCCCCCACAAAGAUGAAUAACUUGGGGUUUGUGCAGAAUCUAAAGGCUGAUGACUCUUGUCUCUUGAUGGAACUGAUUUUUAUAUUUGCUAAGGUGGUUGGUUUAUGCUGCAAAUAGGUGUUUGAUUAUGGGUGAGAUUAUGCUUCAUUUGUUUCUUGUAAAAUUCUUCCCUUCUUUAAUUCGAGUCUGAAAAUAAUCCGAUUUCUCUGUGUGAUGAACAGAAAAGAUUCGGGGAUAGUAGCCAGAAACUUUAAAUAGGGAAUAAUAGAAGAAACAAAUCCAGAUACUUGUAAUUGUCUGUUUGAUAGUUUGGCACCCUUGUUACAUUUGCAAUAAUGCCAUUCUAGAUGUUCUUGUCCAGCUUCAAAGUCAAACGUUUGUUCUGGUCAUUUGGUUGUAACAGUCUUCUUAUAAUUGCAGAAAUGAAGAAUGAUGUUCUUGCA